AGAUUUAGUCUUAGAUCUACAUCAACAAUGUUGUUAAUAUGAUGUAGAAUCUAGACUUCGUUCGUAGAUCUAAAUUCUAAAUCUAGGAGAUAAUUUGAAGUAAAACAAUAUCCAAUAGAUUGAAGCACAAUGCUGAAAGGAUGGAACUCCCUGUAGAGGUCAUAGAGUUGAUAUUGUUGAAUGUUGGAGGGAAAGCUUUCGUUAACUUCAGCAGAACAUGUAGGCAGCAUUUAGAUAUUGCAAAUGAGCUUCAUAACAGAGCCAAACCAACUAUAUGGCGCAGGUUUGUGUUUGAAGAUUACACACUUGCUUGUGUGGAGUCAGUGGCGCCAUGGUUGUACUCAGGUGACCCCAAUGACCCAGCUCUAUGGAAGACCUUGUACAUCCAGCUCCACCGCACGUCACUGCUGCUUGAAGGCAGGCCUUGUGUGGCAAGGAAAGACGUGUACCAUCAAAAGGUCCAGCUGGUGCAUGAUCUCAAGUUUUGUUAUGGAUAUUUAUUUCUGUUGGCCUCCCCCAACUUAGUGAAUCUGAUUGGACUUGCUGGCACAUUGAUAAGUGAGCAUGAUUGUACCAGCCACGCCCAGUCUCAUGUCAUCCUAGUCAGGACAGAUUGUGGCACUGUAUCUCUAACCAACAUUGACAAUGAAGAUAGUACUAUUGCCAAAUUAGAACAAAUUUACAGAAGAUGGAAUCACACCUAUUUAAAGGGAACAUACAUAAGCUGCUGGACAGGCUUGUGCAUCAUCUACCGUCAAGAUGUUCUCUGUGCUGAACUCAAUUUCUACACCUACUCUGGAACUGGUUUCACCCCUGUCAAGUGUGUUAGGCUAGAGAAAAGUCUAAAGGGUCUUUUAUCUCUGGCUUUUAAUCAGCAAAGGGUUGCAGCUGUAUGUAGCAACAAGAUGUUGUGUUUGUUUCCCCAUAAAGCAUCAGCUGAAGCACCUGUAUACCAGCAGGAGCUACACAAGACACCUGUCAAAAUAAAGAUGGUUGCUGAUUUGAUCAUUAUACUCUUUGAUGAUGGUAGUGUAGAGACAGGCCAGGUGGUCUCACAAGAUGGUUGUAUGUGUGUACCAUGCUGGGAGCAGCUGUCUCUGGAAGAUGAAGCUGACCGCCAUGACAAGCUUGGAUGGUUGGCUUUCAAUGUCAAGGAUUUUGUCCUUCUAGGUCACUUGUUUGCCGUCAUCUCAGAUUUUGGUUACAUCAUGGUGAGUUAUCUGGACUCACUGAGCCACAAAUCCCUGGCCAGAAACCUGAGACCUGUCUGCUCGCUGCCUCUCAGGGAGGGGGGGGUUGUCUCACGGCUGACCUUGGACCAGCACCAUGGGGUCAAGCUGGCCGUGCUGGAGAAGUUUUUUGACGGGAUCAGCUGGGUCAGUGCUGUUCAUGUCCUUCACAUUGGCUGCUGACAGGGCCAUCUGAUAGACAGUCUGACAGGGCCAUCUGAUAGACAGUCAGACAGGGCCAUCUGAUAGACAGUCAGACAGGGCCAUCUGAUAGACAGUCAGACAGGGCCAUCUGAUAGACAGUCAGACAGGGCCAUCUGAUAGACAGUCAGACAGGGCCAUCUGAUAGACAGUCAGACAGGGCCAUCUGAUAGACAGUCAGACAGGGCCAUCUGAUAGACAGUCAGACAGGGCCAUCUGAUAGACAGUCAGACAGGGCCAUCUGAUAGACAGUCAGACAGGGCCAUCUGAUAGACAGUCAGACAGGGCCAUCUGAUAGACAGUCAGAGACUGAACUAGAUCUGGUUCAUCUAUUGUUGUGUUAAAUGAGCUACUCAGGAAAUAUUUCAUGUGUUCUUUAUUGCUUAAACCAUUCAUUCCACCCUCAUACUUUGAAAUAAUAAAAUUUGAAAUGUUUAUAAUUACGAUUCAUUAACAAGAAAAAAAUGUGUAUUGCUUGUAUAGGUGUGACUGUAUUAUUUACUAUUGAACCUUCUUGUUUCAUUCAAACAAAUUUUAA